UUUUUUAAUUUCGAGCCCAGCAGUUUAUUUCCCACAGACUUUCUAGCUUCACUUGACACAACCGAAACAGCGUCUGAAGAGAGCAGCUGCGCAGAAAAGCAGCAGAAAGGAUCCCGCUCUGCGCAUCAUAUUGCGCUCAGCCAACGAGAGCCGGAGCCGUUUGCAUGCAACCCGUCUGCAGAGAACAGACUGCAGGCUCAUAAAGACGAAGCGGAUUUGAAUUAAGCACCGGAUAACAGACAGCAACUGUGUGUAUCCUUCGCCGAGGGAGGGAGGGAGAGGGAGGAGAGGGAGGCAACUGUUUUGUAUCUUGGAAGCCCUGGGUUUGGAGAGAGGGGGGGAAAGGAGGAGCGGAGAAUGAGCUAUUCUUGUACCAGCAGAGGCAACAGCCAGGACCCAUCAAGCGCUAAGAAGCCUGCGGGUAAUAAUCCGGGCAGAGACACCGGAGGCACAGACGGCAGCAGUGACGGCAGCCCGAAGCAAACGGCGGCGAUGAAAGUGAAGAAAGGCUGCAACUCGACCGACGUGGGAGUCCCGGUGACCACGGAGGAGGACCUCCUCGCCAGCAUGGUGAUCACUCCGGAGGAUGUUCUGGGUUUGCAGAAGAUCACAGAGAAUUAUCUGUGCAGCCCAGACGAGAACAUUUACAACAUCGACUUCACCAGGUUCAAGAUCAGAGACAUGGAGACCGGCACAGUUCUGUUUGAAAUCACCAAACCUCCGUCCACAGACAAAGCAGGCGAUAAGAGGGACGUUGACCCCAACGCCGGCCGAUUUGUCCGUUACCAGUUCACCCCUGCUUUUCUCCGACUGCGACAAGUUGGAGCCACGGUUGAGUUCACGGUCGGAGACAUGCCGAUAGAAAACUUCAGGAUGAUCGAGAGACAUUAUUUUAGAGACAAGCUGCUGAAGAGUUUUGACUUUGAGUUCGGCUUUUGCAUGCCCAGCAGCAAGAACACAUGUGAACACAUCUAUGAAUUUCCACCUCUGUCUGAGGACAGCAUCAGAGAGAUGAUCCUGUACCCGUAUGAGACGCAGUCUGACAGCUUCUACUUUGUGGACAAUAAGCUGGUGAUGCACAACAAGGCGGACUACUCUUACAACGGCGGGACGUAGAGGCGACGCGCUGACACGAGAGGCAGGUGGAAGUACGGACCUGAGGGACGAUUAGAGCACACUGGUGGGGGUUAACAUCCUGUCAAUCCAGUGGUCUAUCUCUCUUUCUGUAUCUCUUUCUGUAUCUCUUUCUCCCACUGAGUGAAUGCCACCUAGAAAAAAAACGCCCAUGCAGAUGCGUCAGUCGCAGUCUGUGUGUGUGUCUGUGUGUGUGUAAGCAUGUGUAAGGUGGUUGAAGCCUAAAAAAAAAAAGAAGCCACAUGCAAUAAGUGACAAACACAGACACACACACACACGGACACACAGUUAACGGGUUGGUGUGGCGUCACUGUAACAAAGUGUGUUUGUAACAUGAUAAACCAGCAAGUGAGCAACUCUUUAGGAAUUAUCCGGUGGUUUCUCUGUCCAGCCACUUCAUGAAGUGAGAAAAACAAAACCCUCCAACAUUGAUAGAAAUUAUCUUUUUCAUUCCUAUUUUAGGAUCAAAUCUGAAAACGUGUGUUUUUAGGACUUCAAUAGCAGUUUUGAGAAUAUUAUUUCUCAUCUUCAGUGAGUGUGUGUGUGUGUGUGUGUGUUUCUGUACUUUGUAUGAUUGUCUGUGUAAGUAUGUCAAUUUGAAGCAUGAUUACUGGUCUGGUAAAAAACAAAAUAUAUUAAUUUAAAUGUCAGUAAUGUGGUCAUCUAGUUUGCAAUGGUCAAAUAGAUUUCCAAAAACCUGUUAGCACAUUUUCUACACAGCAGUUAGUCAUUUUGAAUUUAUCAGACCUAUUUCUUGUUUCCUUAUCCCCUUUGUUCCUUUAUUUCUUUGUCCCGUGACCUGUAUUAACCGUAGGACAUAUGUGUUUAUUGUCUUUGCUCAAAGCACAACAUCUCUACAGAGCCAACAAUUAGGAAACAUGUAAAAGGGCGAGCCGAUCUGAUAUGACCAAAAAAAAAACGUCCUCAUCCGUGUAUGAACUGUACUUUUCGAGCCUCGUGUUACUUUGUUUAGGUGAUAAAGAACUUUGUUAAGUUGUACCUAACGUAUGUGUCCAAGUUUAAAGUUUUGCAGUUUGGAGACUCUUCAUAAGAGAAUAAAAGGAAAACUUUGUAAAUGUUGAUAUUUUAUGUCAGAAUUAUAUUGCAAAAAAAUUAAGAAAGAUGAUUUGAGAAUGUAGCAGAAGUCUUUUAAAGAACAAAUCACCCUUAAAUCUCAUAUAUUUUUUUGUUUGUGUGUAAUCUGAUGUUCCUGUUUCUGUUUGGCAGUCUGAUUUCUGCCUCUGAUACAUUUCUAUGUCGUUGUUUUCACUCUGACACAUUCCAGUGAGUUGAUGUGUUGAUCUCUUGUUAUUUGAGGGCAUUUAUUACGCAGAUCACACAGGAAUCAGUAACUGAACUGUCUUGGGAUGCCUCUAAACUGUAAUAUGCACACUUAGCUGUCUCUCUGUCUGUGCUGAGACACAACCUGACUCAAAUAGUAUCCAAAUAGCUCUUUUUUCCCAGCAUAUCUGCACAUUCUGUCUGAUUUGGUGCGUUUGAAAGUCAGUUUAGUGUCUGUGUUUGAUGACUUUGGUGAUUCUGCUUUAAUUGCAGUCAACUCCACCCAUCUGUCACAACAAGUGUGGUCAAACAAACGCUAAAAAAUACUAGUUGAGCCAGGUCUGUAAGGAACUGCUGGCAGUUGAAAGGAAAUUACUUGAAUGCACCCGUUGUGUGUUCAGAUCAACACAAAAAAAAGGUGUAAAUUGAUUCAGAUUGUCAUUGACUCAAAGUGAUUAAAAUCUGGGUGACUUUGUUUUGGGGUUUUUUGGCCUGCACAAGUUGCUGAUUGUUACCUGCAGUGAAAUGGACGGGAGGCGAUUGGACUUGAAUGUUUAAGAAAAGAUUUAUUUAUGACCGACUGUGACUCGUGUUACAAAUUAUUUUGAACUGAUGUUAAGUUUUUGACAAUUCAAAUGUUGGUGUGACUGAACAAAAGUGAAAUAAAUAAAGAUUUUUUGCAAUA